GCGGCGGGCGCCCCCAUGCUGCUGCAGCCCGCGGCGUGCGCCCCGAGCGCGGGCUUGGCGCGGCUCCCGGCCGCCCGCGGCGCCAUGCACGGCUCGCAGAAGGACACCACGUUCACCAAGAUCUUCGUGGGCGGCCUGCCCUACCACACCACCGACGCCUCGCUCAGGAAGUACUUCGAGGGCUUCGGAGACAUCGAGGAGGCCGUGGUCAUCACGGACCGCCAGACUGGCAAAUCCCGCGGCUACGGCUUCUUUAUGUUUGUAUCCCCCGUCUCCCUGGGAAUUAUUACUGUCCUUGACUGCAGGGUAUCCCAGCACUUGAACUGGGAAGGGAGGAGCUGGAAUUGGGGGGACAGCUUUGUGGGAGGGCCCUGGGUGACCAUGGCAGACCGGGGGGCUGCUGAGAGAGCUUGCAAAGACCCUAAUCCCAUCAUUGACGGCCGCAAGGCCAACGUGAACCUGGCGUACUUGGGUGCCAAGCCUCGGAGCCUGCAGCCGGGCUUUGCUGUGGGUGUGCAGCAGCUCCACCCCGCCUUCAUCCAGCGGACCUACGGGUUGACGCCACACUACAUCUACCCACCAGCCAUCCUGCAGCCCAGUGUGGUAGUCCCAGCUGCCCCCGUCCCUUCGCUGUCCUCACCCUACAUCGAGUACAUGCCAGCCAGCCCUGCCUAUGCCCAGUACCCGCCAACCACCUACGACCAGUAUCCGUACGCGCCCUCACCAGCUACCGCCACCAGCUUUGUGGGAUAUGGCUACCCAGCCGCCGUGCCUCAGGCCCUCUCAGCUGCAGCCCCCGCGGGCACCACCUUUGUGCAGUACCAGCCGACACAGCUGCAGCCCGACAGGAUGCAGUGAGGAGCACCAGGGACGUCCCGAGGGCUGAGGUGGGCCAGCGGCCAUGUGUCCCGGUGCAGCCUGGCCCCUGUGCCCCCAAGCACCCUGGGAGCUCCGCCUCGUCAGGAAGCCCGAGAGACUUUCUCCAGCUCUAGGACCUGUGAGGUCUCGAGGGAGGACUUAAGAAGAGAAUGAUGGAAGCUAUUUAAAGAUGCAACCCCAAAUUCCUUGCACACAUGGCAGCCUUCUUCCUGCACCUCACCCUACCCUGUCUGCCCUCUGGCACCCACGACAUCCCCACCACAUCCCCCACCGAGGCCGCCAGACCCUGCCCAGACCCAAGCCCAGAGGUGCCUUACUUGAGGGAAACCUAACAGAGAAGCUUGUGAUGAUGUAUUGUCACCUGCACAAGCCCUGAGCCACAACCAGGGGUGUGCAGGACACGUUACUCCUCAUUUUCUACAUGAUUGUCUGGUGAGGCUUCCUCAAGCCCCUAGACCACCCAGGUGCCCAAGGGCCCCCGGCUUUACGGGGCUGGCUGGACACCCUUUUUCAGUCGAAGCACUGCAACUUUUUUUCUUAUCGUAAUUAUUUUGCUAUUAAGAGAUUUCAAAUGUUCAGCCUGUUUUUUAAACGGAGACUCUCGCCACCAAGGAUCCAAAACUUAUUUUUGACUUUGAGGGAUUUGCUUUGGUUGUUGGCCCUGCCCAAGGUGACAGUGGCCAGAUUUUUUCGUGACAAAGUGUCUGCUGGCCGGAGAGCUGGAGCCCCCAGCCCCCGGUGGGGCGGGCAUCGCUGAGAAGGUCCCUGUGUGUCCCAGAUGCGGGGGCGCAGCUGUGCGGCGACGCCUGCCUUCGUGCGAGCGCUGUGCGCCUUCUCGGAGGCGGUUGCUGUUUCAGAAGGUCAUCACUGUGGUGCUUGUCCCCCAGCUGCCCGCACCUGCCGCGUGGAAGGGCAGAAGGAAGUGGGGCCCUCCCUGAGGGCUGGCUGAGGGUCUAGACCAGGCUGUCACCCAGUAGCAGGGUGGGGGGUGCCCGGCCAAAGCCAUCGGCUCUAGGUGGUGCAACCCUGCCUUCUCCCUCCUAUUGCCAACCUGCUGUAUGCAGCCAGCCCUGAGGUGGAGCUGAGACAGGACCCUGUCUUGAGGGUGCAUUGGAGUUGAUAGGCUAGAAGUUCUGACACCGAGAAGGGGCAAUGGGGGGCUGUGAGAGGCCUGGCCCUGCCCUGGAGGGGGCGGGGGGAGAGGAGGGCAGGGCCGGAGGUUGGGGCAGCUGAGAGUAUUCCUUCAGACCUACCUCAGGCUUGCAGGAGGCCUCAGGGAGCUAAGUAUGCCACACAGUUUGUGGCACCCGGUCCAGAGUCCCAGAAGAUGAAGGUAGCUAAUAUAAUAUUUUUAUUAGAACGUUCUGAUUAUAAAAAUAAAAGUUGUUUCUUUAAAGAAAAAGUGGGUCUGUAGUUUUUCUUUCGUGGUAGAGCCUUUGACCCCACCCUUCUCCUGUGACCGGGGCUGAUCCCCCUCACCCUUGAUCCCCCACCCUUCUCCUGUGAUGGGGGCUGAUCCCCCUCAGCUUUGGUCCCCCACCCUUUUCCCGUGACUGUGGCUGAUCUCCCUCAGCUUUGGUCCCCCACCCUUCUCCCGUCAUGGGGGUCAAUCCCCCUCAGCUUUGGUCCCCCACCCUUCUCCUGUGAUGGGAGCUGGUCUCCCUCAGCUUUGGUCCCCCCACCGUUCUCUCGUGACAGGCCGAUCCCCUUCAGCUUUGGUCUUCCCUCUUGUCAGGACUCCUUGCUGGGGAUCUGGGGCUUCUCACCGCAGCUGUUCAUCGAGCACCUAUUGUGUGCAGCUCUGAGGGGCCUCCAGAGUGACAGAUGCAUGCAGCCCCCCGCCACUGAAGUGGGUGAGGAGCUGGCACCCCACCUCGCGGGGUGCUGCCAGGCCUGGGCCUGUGGUCAUUAUUGCAGGCCUGACCAGGGCACCGCCAUUGAGGUGGGGGCCUUCUGGGAAGUGCUGUUGGGGCCAAGCACCUGCUACCUGCCAGGCUCAAUUGUUCAUUGAGGGGUGUCUAUCCGCCAGGCGUCUUGCUUUUCUGGGACAGGUGUGACCCUGCCCAUGUGGGGGGCCAGUGCAGUCAUUGGUACCAGUGGUUCAGCCCUCGUCCUGACGGGCCCAGCCCCGCUAGGACAGACUUCUGAGGCCAUGGAGAGCAAGGUGGGGCUGCAGGGGCAGACAGGUGUCUGUGGUGGCUGCCCCACCCUCUGGGAUGCCCUGACCUGGGACCAUCCUCCCUGCAUUCUUUGGUGGGUCCCCAGGGGCCCCCCUGGCCUUUGCCAGUCACUUUGACAUUGACAAGUCUCCCUUCUCUGGUCCAGGCUUAUGGGGGCCCGAGGGAGGGGCAGAAUCCCUGGCCACAUCAGGGAAACCCUCCAGGGUUGGCUGUCCUCACCAGGCCCUUCCCUGUGCUGGCUCUGAGUUUGCAAACACUGGCAAGGGGUCAGGGAGACAGUGGAGGCAUCCAGCUCAGGAGAAGACAUUUGCUGCGGCCGAUAAGGGCAGGGAUGGGAGGGGCCUGUGGGCCCAGGGUUAUCGGGCAGGCCACUCAGGUCAGCGUGUUUCCUGUCGCUAUCAGCUGGGGCAGCCUCUGGGGCCAGCCUGCGGGAAGGCCUCGAGCCUGCAAACACCCCCCUGAGUCCCAGGGCUGAGGGCUCUGCACCACGGGGGGCUAGGAGAGACAUAUCCAGAGAGCAGUUGAAGGCUUAGGCAGUGAGCUGGGUCUGUGUGUGUGGAGUGCAGCCAGGGUGGCAGUCAUAAAUGGCCACAAUAACCGCCCUGCUGACAUCUGCAGCUGCCCAUCUGCCAGGCGCUGUGCUGUUCAUGGACGUCUCAAUUACCCAGUAAUUGCAGCUAAUUCUGUAACUGUCCCCAUUUAGCAGACACGGAGAGGAGGCCUGUCCCCGCCUCCCCGCCCCCUGAGCCUCAGCUGUGAAAGGGUCAUGAUCAUCCCCCUGGGGCAGGGACUUUCUGUCCCUUCGCUGCCGAGUCCUUAGCAGCUGGCACAGGCCUAGCACCCAGCAGGCAUGCAGUGAGCGUGGGUGCAGG